AUGAAUGCGGUAAUCGACGGUGGUGUUAAUCUUUUAUACAGCGAUUUCCCAGAACACUACACGUGGGAUUCGAGAGUGAAAGAAUGGAAGGGCCGAAAAAACACACUUAUUGUUGUUGGUAGGAUAUCGUUUGUUUUGCCUGCCGAAGGUGAACGUUAUUAUCUUCGGCUAUUACUGCUUAAUGUACGAAACUCAACUUCGUUCACAGAAUUACGUACAGUUGAUAAUUAUGUUUGUGCUACGUUUCAAGAGACUGCUAAACGGCUUGGUCUUUUGGAAGAUGAUGAUGCUGCAUCUAUUUGCUUAACUGAAGCUGCAGAGAUACAGUUACCAUGUGCUUUGAGACGACUGUUUGCAACAAUAUUGAUAUUUUGCCAGCCGAGUGAUCCAUCUUCUUUAUGGGAAAAAUAUUACACAUCAUUCUCGGAAGAUUACAGGUAUCAAUUUCAAGAUUGUCCCGGAAAAGUAAAACAGUUAACUGUUAGUUUAUUAGAGCAACAUCUUGAAUCAAUGGGUAAAUCACUGAAGACAUUUGGGUUGGAUCAUCUGAGUUAUGAUGUCAGUGAUGAGUUUAGGAAGACGAGAGAUAUAGCAGAUGCUUUAAAUGUGCCUAUUCCUGAAGAGUAUGUUAACUCAAGAGCACGACUGAAAAUUCGAAUGAUGAAUAAAAUUGUGCUGCCCACUGCGUCAUCUAGAAUAGCCGCGUCGAAUCUACCUUCUGGCAGAACAACUCAUUCAAGGUUUAAAAUUCCUGUUGAUCAUGAGAGUUGUUUUACGUGUGAUGUUCCAAAACAAGGUAGUUUAGCACAGUUAUUAAAAGAGACGACCUUGAUUAUUUGGGAUGAGGCUUCUACGGCGAAUAAGGCAAAUUUACAGGCACUUGAUUUGCUGCUGCAGAAUAUAUGUGAAAAUACAACACUUUUUGGUGGUAAGCUUAUUAUCUUCGGCGGUGAUUUUUGGCAGGUUCUACCAGUUAUACCUCAGAAGUCCUUAAGACAGGCUGUUGAAUCCAGUAUUGUUGCUUCAUAUAUAUGGCCAUCUUUGAAAAGGUUCAAGUUAACGGAAAAUCAACGAGCUCGUGAAGAUACAACAUUUUGUGCGUUUUUGUUGUUUCUUGGUAAUAGUGAAUUACAGACGACUGAGUGUGGAUAUGUACAACUCCCUGAUGGAAUGAUACAUCAUUUGGAGGUUGAAAAGGACCCCAUUUUGGAGAUUGUACGAGCUACUUUUCCAGAAGUUGAGAAAGGAACGAUUACGUCAGAUAUCUUUGCAGAUAGAGCAAUUUUAACUCCGAUGAAUGAUGAUGUGGAUAUGGUAAAUUCAGUUUUGAUUGACCAGUUCCCAGGAAAUAAAGUGAUUUACAAGAGUUUUGAUACGAUGCUCAAUGAUAGUUGCAAUAUCUAUCCAUCAGAGUUUAUUAAUAAGCUUUGUCCAGGGGGGAUGAGUCCCCAUGAGCUUGUUCUUAAAGAAGAUUGUCCUGUUAUUUUGUUACGUAAUAUAAUGCCUUCGGAUGGUCUCUGUAACGGGACGAGAUUGAUUUGCAAGCUUUUCCAGCCGAACGUUAUUGUUUGUGAAAUAUCUGCUGGGCAAUAUAAAGGGAAUACUGUUUUUUUGCAUCGGGCAACUUUACGUCCUCCAACAAAUGGUAGAUAUCCAUUUAUCUUUGAAAGGAAACAGUUCCCAAUUAAAUUGUGUUUUGCUAUGACGAUUAAUAAGUCACAAGGACAAACACUGAAUCAGGUUUCAGUUUAUCUUCCUCGACCGUGUUUUUCACAUGGUCAAUUAUAUGUGGCUUUAUCUCGAGCAACAAAGGCUAAGAAUGUUGUUGUUUAUACAAUGAAACCGCCUGAUGGGUAUCACAUCAACUCGGUUAGAAAUGUUGUGUCUUUUGAUAUUUUGAAGUAUUCAAAAGUUGUUUAA